GCCCCUUAGCUGAAGCCUAAAAGGGGUUUUCGAAACAGCUUCACUCUGCUGUUUAGACAUUUAGUCUUCGUCUUUGUCUUCGGCUCUACAAGUUUUACUUAACAAAUACUUCAACAGGAAUUUAAAGAUGGCAAGUAUGAUAUCUACUGCAAAUCUUGGCUACCUCUCUUUCCAGAGAACCAACAGGUCCAACAACGGUGUUGGUAUUGGAAAUGGGGCAACUUCAGCUUGUGUAGUAAAAGCAACGAGAAUGGAGAAACCAUUAGAGGAGCUUUACAGUGUGAGGGUCGAAAGGAAAGUGUCAAAAGAGCGAUUAACAGAGCUCGGGGUUUCGAGAUGGUCGGUAUGGAAGACAGGCAAGUGUAAAUUGCCAUGGGACUGGCAAGUUGAUCAGCUUGUUUACAUUGAGGAAGGGGAAGUAAGGGUCGUCCCCGAAGGUAGCGAUCGGUUUAUGCAAUUCAUUGCCGGGGACCUUGUUCGUUAUCCCAAGUGGUUCGAAGCCGAUCUUUACUUCAAUGGUCCAUACCAAGAGCGUUAUAGUUUCCGAGCUUAUGGAGAUGAUUAGUAAUAGCUUUCAACACAUGUUUGAUGAUUGUUCUGCAUUUGUUCACUUAGACAUAACAAUUCGUGUUUGUCAUGUUCGUGUAUCGUGUUUAAGCAGUUAUUAGAAAAC